UUGGAACUUGCCAUUAGUGACGUAAAAUCGUGACAGUGAGCAGUGAGUGACAUAGUAAUGUCAAUGUCAGUAAUCCACUCUCAUUUGAAGGUUAGGUUUCGCUUUAUCGCCUUUAAAAUCCUAAAAAAACUUAACCAGGAAUCAAUAAUGAAUGUGGAUGAAUUACCUGACGAAAGUGAUAGUAGCGAUGAAGAUUAUGAUCCUGGAAAACAGGAGGAUGCCCCAUCAGAAGUGGACUCGGAUGGAGAACCAGAAGAUAUUUUAUCAGGUUCUGAAGAAACCAUCGAGAAUGGAUCCAAUAAGACAAGACGAAAGAAAAAUAAGAAACAGAAUAGAGUGAAAUCAAAUAAACGCGGAAGUGAGGGAACAGGUAGUGAAGAAGUUCAUCAGAAUAAAGAAAGUGUGGAGGAACAAAAGCAAAAUAUUGAUGAUAUUUGGGCAGAUUUCAUGAAGGAUACAGGUUUCAAAUCAAAAAAUAAUACAAACCCAACAGAACCUGAAACCCCAAAAAGUAAAUUAAAUGAACCAAAAAGUGGACCCCAAAAAUCAGUAGAUGAAAUCAAUAAUAAACCUUCAGAAAAAGUAAAAAUCACUCAGGUGUUUGAAUUUGCUGGUGAAGAAGUGAAGGUUGUGAAAGAAGUGGCAGUAGAUUCAGCUGAGGCAAGAUUGUUAGCAACUAGUACUGAUGAAAUACCCAAAUCUAGUAAAGGCAAGAGGAAUAUAGGGCUAAGUGGAAUAGGAAAUGUAUUGAGUCAGCUAACAAAAAAACCCAAAAUCAGUACAUUGGAAAAAACCAAAUUAGAUUGGGAUAACUUCAAAAAGGAGAAUAAUAUUGAGGAAGAUCUCCAAACUCAUAACAAAGGAAAAGAUGGUUAUCUGGAAAGGCAAGAUUUCUUGCAAAGGGCAGAUCUGAGGAGGUUUGAGAUAGAAAAGAAUAUUCGUUCCAUUGAAAGGAGUAAGAGAUUCAAUAGCACUCUUUAACAAUGAAACAAUGAUAGUGGUUACAUUUUCAUAAUCCAGAAACUUUUUUCUUGUAUUUAAUUUUACAUUCCUGAUCUGAUAUGAAUUUGUAAGAUUAUAAUGAUGCUAGUUUUAUUCUUAAACUUUUCAUUCUGAUGAUUUAGGUUUAGGACUCCUGGAUGUAUUGAUGAUUUAAUGUGUUCUUUAGUGAUAUAAUAAUAAAGAUAUUAAAUUUUGAAUAA